UCUAUGUAAGUCCGGCGCUAGCCCGAUUGCUCUGAGUUCGAAGAUAUCGUCGAACACGCUGACUCAAAUUCUUGCCGGAAGGGUUGGGCUUUGGGGGGUAGCUCUUCUUUUCUUUAGUUGUCUUGUCGUUGUUCCGGGGCGAAUAAAACAAUAAAGAAGGCUGAAAUUGAAGGUAGAUUACAGGGCAUGGAUUCUGGAGGAAAUUCUCUGCCGUCUGCUCCUGAUGGGGUGAAGAGAAAAGUCUGCUAUUUCUAUGAUCCUGAGGUUGGAAAUUACUAUUAUGGGCAAGGUCACCCUAUGAAGCCACAUCGUAUUCGAAUGACACAUGCUCUUCUUGCCCACUACGGAUUGCUUCAGCACAUGCAGGUCCUUAAGCCGUUUCCUGCUAGAGACAGAGAUCUUUGCCGAUUUCAUGCUGAUGACUACGUUUCAUUCCUUCGAAGCAUAACUCCUGAAACACAGCAGGAUCAGCUUAGGCAACUCAAGCGUUUUAAUGUUGGUGAAGAUUGCCCUGUCUUUGAUGGUCUUUAUUCUUUUUGUCAAACUUAUGCUGGGGGUUCAGUUGGUGGUGCUAUUAAGUUGAAUCAUGACCAAUGUGAUAUUGCUAUCAAUUGGGCCGGUGGGCUGCAUCAUGCCAAAAAGUGUGAGGCUUCUGGAUUUUGCUAUGUUAAUGAUAUAGUCCUGGCAAUUUUGGAACUUCUUAAACAGCAUGAGCGUGUUCUAUAUGUGGACAUUGAUAUCCACCAUGGGGAUGGGGUGGAAGAAGCUUUCUACACUACUGACAGAGUCAUGACUGUUUCCUUCCAUAAAUUUGGUGAUUAUUUUCCUGGUACAGGAGAUAUACGUGAUACUGGAUAUGGAAAGGGAAAAUACUACUCUCUCAAUGUUCCGCUUGAUGAUGGGAUUGAUGAUGAGAGUUAUCAUUUCUUAUUCAAACCAAUAAUUGGCAAGGUGAUGGAAGUUUUUAGGCCUGGUGCAGUAGUUCUCCAGUGUGGUGCUGAUUCCUUGUCCGGGGACAGACUGGGAUGCUUUAAUCUUUCAAUUAGAGGUCAUGCAGAGUGUGUCAAAUACAUGAGGUCAUUUAAUGUGCCCCUCUUGCUGUUGGGUGGUGGUGGUUACACCAUUAGGAAUGUUGCUCGGUGCUGGUGCUAUGAGACAGGAGUUGCUCUUGGAUUAGAAGUUGAUGACAAAAUGCCACAACAUGAGUAUUAUGAGUAUUUUGGUCCCGAUUAUACUCUUCAUGUUGCUCCAAGUAACAUGGAAAACAAGAAUUCCCGUCAUUUACUGGAUGAUAUCCGUUCCAAGCUUCUUGAUUAUCUUUCCAAGCUGCAACAUGCUCCUAGUGUCCAAUUCCAGGAAAGACCACCUGAUUCUGAUCUUGGAGAGGCUGAUGAAGAUCGGGAAGAUGGAGAUGGGCAAUGGGAUGCAGACUCUGAAAUGGACAUUGAUGAUGAACGUGAACAACUCUCAAGCAAAGUAAAGAGAGAGAUGGUGGAACCUCAUCUCAAUGAUAUGGUUUAUUAUGCAUAUAAGGAGGCCUAUAAUGUGUAAAACAAAAUAAUUCUAUUUCCAUUUAUUAUUUUCAAGGAUUGGAGGUCAUGUUAGUUAUGCUUUAGGGGAUGUUGUUACGGAGAAAAGGAGUUGUUGAGAUAUUGUUGAUGCUUUCUUGACCAACUAGCGUUUGAUCCUUGUCGUCCUCACUCUCUUCUUUAAAUUAACUUGUAAGAAUAAAAAUGUUGGAGGAAAACCUCAGAUGUCAGCUGACAUUAACAUGCAUAUCUGGUUAUCAA